AGAAGCACAAAAUUCCCGAUUUUCCCCCUAAAACCGGAGAAUUCCCUGCCUGGCAGAACCAACUUCUUGGGACAGCCAAGCAAAACCCCCCCGGUGCCGCCGCUGCCCCAAAGGCAACUGCGGAGGGAAAACAUUCCCAACUUUUGGGGCUUUUGGGAAAUUUGGGAUUUGUUUGCGUGCGGCAGAGAGGAGGAGAGGCAAAAAAAAAAAACAACCAAAACCACGCAAAACCCCAAAAAUAAAAGGGACGGAGAGCAAGGGGGGGAGUUUGGGGUUUUUUGUCCCCUCGGCGAGCGAAAAGAUAAAAUUACUGCGGCUAAAAAUAAAGCGGUGGUUAAAGGUUCCCCCUCCCUCUGGCAUCUCCCACCCCUUCCAGCCCUCUCCCUGCUCCCUCCCUCCUUCCCUCCCUCCUUCCCUCCCUCUCCCGCUGCCUCUCCGUGUUUGCGUUUGACAAAGAAAUGAUUUGAACUUCCCGGAGCCGCGGCGAGCCGGGAUCCCGAGGCGCAGCCGGGCCCAUAUGGAUGUGAUUUCCCAGCCCUCUCCCAGAUGAUCCAGCGGCACCGGGAGCCGCGGCGCUGAGCGCCUCCGCUGCCUCUGCCCAUGGGCUCCGCGGCGGAAUUUUGGGAGCUGCCCGCCACUCCAGCCAUGAGAAAGCGAGGAAAAGCCCCGGGAUCUCUCGUCAUGUGCCUCUCGGGCUGAAAGCUGGGGAGCCGAAGGAGCAGAAAUCCCUUUGCGGAUCCCGGGGGCACGCCAGGGAGGACGAGGGGAAACCCGCGCCGCUGGAAUUCCGAGCUCGCCUCCUCCCGCUUCCCUGCGCGGGGCUGGAUGCUGGGAGCAGCCCCUUGGAUAUGGGAUCAUAUCUGGUGUAUCCCAGCCUGGGUUUGAUCCUCUGCUGCUCCGUGCUCAGCUCCGUCUACGCGCUGGUGGAUGCCGACGAUGUCAUCACCAAGGAGGAGCAGAUCUUCCUCCUGCUGAAGGCCAAGGCCAAGUGCGAGCGCCACCUGAAAGCCAAGGUGCCCAAGGUGCACGAUGGAUUCUGCCUUCCGGAGUGGGACGGCAUCGUGUGCUGGCCCGAGGGCGUGCCCGGCAAGGUGGUGGCCAUGCCCUGCCCCGAGUACAUCUACGACUUCAACCACAAAGGCCACGCUUACCGCCGGUGUGACCUGAACGGGAGCUGGGAGCUGGUCCCGGGCAACAACCGCACCUGGGCCAACUACAGCGAGUGCGCCAAGUUCCUCACCAACGAGACCAGGGAAAGGGAGGUCUUUGAUCGCCUCUAUUUGAUUUAUACUGUUGGAUACUCCAUCUCCCUGGGAUCCCUCACAGUUGCUGUCCUUAUCCUGGGAUACUUCAGACGUUUGCACUGCACUAGGAACUACAUCCACAUGCACCUGUUUGUGUCCUUCAUGCUGAGGGCCGUCAGCAUCUUCGUGAAGGACGCGGUCCUGUACUCCGGGUCAGCCCUGGAGGAGAUGGAGCGGAUCUCCGAGGAGGACUUGAAAUCCAUCACGGAAGCACCUCCAGCAGAUAAAUCGCAGUUUGUGGGCUGUAAAGUAGCUGUCACCUUCUUCCUCUACUUCCUGGCCACCAAUUACUACUGGAUCCUGGUGGAAGGGCUCUAUCUCCACAGCCUCAUCUUCAUGGCAUUCUUCUCGGAGAAGAAAUAUCUCUGGGGAUUCACGUUAUUUGGCUGGGGACUCCCUGCUGUGUUUGUCACAGUGUGGGCCAGCGUCAGAGCCACUCUGGCCGACACAGAGUGUUGGGACUUGAGUGCUGGCAAUUUAAAGUGGAUUAUUCAGGUGCCCAUCCUGGCAGCUAUCGUGGUAAAUUUUAUUCUCUUUAUCAAUAUUAUCAGAGUCCUCGCAACCAAGCUCCGAGAGACGAAUGCAGGGAGGUGUGACUCGAGACAACAGUACAGGAAGCUGCUGAAAUCUACCCUUGUCCUUAUGCCUCUGUUUGGCGUUCACUAUAUUGUUUUCAUGGCUAUGCCAUACACAGACGUGUCAGGGAUUCUUUGGCAAGUUCAAAUGCACUAUGAAAUGCUGUUCAACUCUUUCCAGGGAUUUUUUGUUGCCAUCAUAUACUGUUUUUGCAAUGGAGAGGUCCAAGCAGAAAUAAAGAAGUCAUGGAGCAGGUGGACUUUAGCCCUUGACUUCAAAAGGAAAGCCCGGAGUGGGAGCACAACCUACAGCUAUGGACCAAUGGUUUCCCACACCAGCAUCACAAACGUGGCCACCAGAGGGGCGCUGGCCCUCCACCUCAACACCAGACUUAUUCCAGGGACCCUCAACGGCCACCGGAACUUGCCAGGCUAUGUGAAAAAUGGCUCCAUUUCCGAGAAUUCCAUGCCUUCCUCCGGCCCGGAGCAGUACAACAAGGACGAGGAAUACCUGAACGGCUCCGGGCUCUACGAUGGAGACAGGCCCACGGUCCUGGUGGAAGAGGAGAGAGAGACAGUGAUGUAAAAGACAGGAGGAGGAAAGGAAAAAUUCAGCCAAAGGAUGGAAAAAAAAAAAAAAAAGGUUCCUGGAGAGCGUUUAGUGGGAAAAGACCAUCAGGCCAUGCAGCGGAUUCCGAGGGUUUCCAUGCAGCUCCUCUGUUCUGUGGAAUGAGAGAUUAAGUUAUUUGGGGAAACAAAAAAAAACAAAAAAAAAAAAAAAAAAAAAACCCAAAAAAAAAAAAAAAAAGAAAAAAAAAGUGAGCCACCAGCGUGGCCAGUGGGUGAUGCCACCCAUGAAUUCCGUGAUCCACGUUCUCCUGGUGAUAACGGAGCUCUCCAGACCUGCCGGACCCCGGAGAUCCUGGGAGCUCGCCGGGGAGGGCUGCAAAGCCCUGCGUGAUCCUUGGAUCCCUCGGAGAGCGCGGGCGGCCAAGGAGGACGGGAGCGUCCCCCAGGAAAGCGGGAGGCGGGCAGGGAGGGUGCAGGGCCAUUGUCCCGGGAGGGGACAAGCCACCCUGGGGGCAGCGGCUUGGGUUUGGUUUGUUCCCUGCCUGUGGAUCUGCCUGGUGACACACACGGCGUUGGGAAAGGCCCCGCCAUCCGUCGGGGUCGUGUUGGGAACGGCCAGCCCCAUGUUCUUCUUCCCUUGGGAAUCCUUGCUCCUUGGCAAAAUGCUCCUCUGGGGUGGGGAGGGUUAACAGCGCUUGGAGGAAGGCAGGGAUUGUCCUCUCCUUUCCCCAGGUCCUGGGGGCAAGGCAGGAACCUGUGCAAUUUUAGGGUUGGAUGUGGUUAUGGGAAUGUGCGGCAUUCCUGCUCUUCCAGAGGGGCGGGCGGAGAGGGAGCCACCAAGGGCGUGGAAUUUGCACAUCCCAGAGGGGCGAUUGUGGCUAAAAUCAGCUCCCAGGCUGGAUAACUCGGCCCUGCCUUUGUGUGGGUGCUCCUGGAAAGCAGCUUCCAUCCUCUCUUAAAACUCGGGGUUGUUCCCCGCUCUGCCCUCUGAAUGUCCUGUUCCAUGGGGUCGUGGAAUUCUGGAAUGGUUUGGGUUGGAUGGGACCUUAGAGGUCACCUUGUUCCACCCCCUGCCAUGGCAGGGACACCUCCCACUGUCCCAGGCUGCUCCAAGCCCUGCCCAGCCGGGCCUUGGACUCUUCCAAGGAUGAAAUAUCCACAGUUACUCUGGGCAAUUAAUCCAAACCCUAAUGAGGAGAAAGACUCCACCAGCUGCUCUUCUGAGGGCUAAUUAAGGAUUGAUUUCCCCAGAGUCUGCAGGAAGUCAGGAAGAGCAGGUGGGAGCCUGACUUUGUGUCCCACACCUUUAUCAACCUCUCAGGUCAGGGCCUGACCAGAGCUCGGUGGAAUCCAGGGAAAAGUCUCCUCCCUCUGACACGUCCAAGGUUUGGAUUCAGACCUGGGGGGAUGUGGUGGCUCUGAGGUCCUGGCAGGAGCUGGGGCUCCUCUCCAUCAGUUGCAGGUCACAGAAUCCCAGAAUCCCUGAGGUUGGAAAAGCCCUCCCAGGUCAUCAAGUCUGAGCUGUGCCCAAUCCCCACCACAGCUCCAAGUGCCACAUCCAGGAAUUCCUUGGACACCUCCAGGGAUGGGGGCUCCAAACUUCCCUGGGAAGCUCCUUCCGAGGCCGGAGCCCCCUUUCCAUGGGGAAAUUCCUGCUGGUGUCCACCCUGAUCCUGCCCUGGCCCAGCCUGAGGCCGUUCCCUUUUGUCCUGGACAGGAAUCUUUGACAGCCAAUAUUUAUUUGUGAUGUUCUUUUCUUGUUUUCCCUCAUCAGGAGAAGUCAGACCUCAUCAUAACCAUUUCCCACCAAAUAAGAGUUAUCAAAAUAUCAACUUUUCAAAAGUUAGUCCAUUUUCCUGCUCUCUUCUUCUACCCCUCCUGAUUUUCUGGCUCAAAGACAUUUCUAAAUUAUCAUUUCACUGCUGGAACUAAGCAAAAAUACCAAAAAACCCCAACCAGUGACUCACUCUUCGCUUGUGUUUAUUACUCAAGAUUGAGAACAUUUGACAAUCCCUCAGAAAUUCAAGGAAUCGGCAAAAGCCAUAAAUUCAUUUAUAAACAAACACAACCCCCCUCCUAAAAUGCAGCUCUCACUGAAAUGAAUUCAGCGCUGGAUUAUUUAGGAUUAAAAUAAAUCAAACCUGUUUUUAAAUGUCGAUGAAAAUUACAGGCACUAGGGUUGUGCAGGGGGAAGAAAUAUUUUUAAAAAUGCUUUGAAUUGCAAAUCGUAGAUAGAUUUCUCUUUCCUGGAUGUUUCUGUGCAUGAGCAGCAUCCAUGCAAAAAUUGGGAUAAUGCCGACACCAAAACAGAGGGAAAACUGCCACUAAGGCCCAGCGGGACCUGUGUGUCAGGGUGUGUUCCCAUCAUUCCUGGGCUGAUCCCAAACUCUAGAUUGAGGGUAUGGAUCAGGAUUAUCUGGAGAUCCAGGGUCAUCCCUCCUGGAUUUUAGUGAGGAAGAACCAGAGCUGGGAUGUCUGGAAAGAGAGAAGAAGCCCCAGGUUCGGGUUGGGAUUUGCCCAGGAAGGACAAAUGGAAUGAUCCUGCUGGAGCUUAGCCAGAGCCUUUGGACCCAGAGCAGGCUCCUCUUCCCUUCCUCCAUCUCCAGGAUCUGAGGACAUUUCCCAAGGAGUUUGUCCCCAUCCAAAGGUCUGAGUCCCCCUGGGAUGACAGUUCCUCCCCUGUGGGGUUUUCCCAUGGAAAGACGGCCCCAAAGGCCACGGGAAACAGAAACCCUGGAGGGGAGGAUUCGUUGUUCAGGAUUCACCCACUGCCCUCCAGAAAUCCCGCAGGAAUGGCGGGGCUUGUGCCCAUCCCGUUCAGAUCCAACAUGGGAUCGUGGAGCGGAGAGCGCCGAUUGGAGCAGGGCUGUAUUUGUGGGGUGUCCUGUGGCAGGAGGGGAUGAUGGAUCUGACCCCGUGUGCUCAGCAGGCUCAUUUGGGAUUUUAUCAUCCAUAUGAUAUUAAAGAAUGCUAAACUAAACUACACUAAAGAAUGCAGAAAGGACACAGACAGGAGGCUAAAAGGAUAAUAAUGAAAACUCCUGACUCUCUCCAAAGUCUGGCACAGCCUGGCCCUGAUUGGCCAAAGAGCCAAAACAAUUCCCAGCAGAAUCCAAUGGAACAAUCCCCUGGGGGUGAACAAUCCCCAAACACAUUCCAAAGCAGCAAAACACAGGAGAAGCAAAUGAGAUAAUUAUUGUUUUCCUUUUUCCCUGAGGCUUCCCAGCUUCCCAGGAGAAGAAUCCUGGGCGAAGGGAUUUUUCCAGGAAAUAUGACAGUGACAGGGUGUAGCAAAUAAGGGAUGGAAUUGUUGACAUGGGAUCAUUGACAUGGAAUUCUUGUCGUGGAAUCCUUGUCAUGGAAUCAUCCCAGAAUGAGAUGGGUUGGAGAGGACCUUAAAGCCCAGCUCAUUCCAUGGGCAGGGACUCCUUCCACUAUCCCAGGCUGCUCCAAGCCCUGUCCAACCUGGAAAAAAGGGGAAGAAACUUUCCCAAGUUCACUUCAAAGAGGAGGAAAAGAUCCAAAUGAGCUGUUCCCUGGUUUUCCCUGGUUUUCCCUCCUCCUUUGUGUCAGAUCUGUGCCCGUUUUCCUCUCAUCCCAGAAAACACCUGGCAAAACUCCAUGGAGUAUUUCCAUGGAGCCUCUCACUUCCCCCAUGGCAAGCUGUGCAUUGCAGUAUCCCAGCCGACUGGCUCGCAUGGAAUCUCCCUGGAAUCUUUUGGAUCAUCAUCCUCUUCUCCAGAGCCACACACCGGGCUUGGACAGGGAAUCUCACCCCUGGCAGGUUCCUCUAUUGCUCCUCUUCCAUUCCCAUCCACAGCAGCAGAGUUCUCCUCGGGAUUCCUUGCUCCAUGAUCCCGCUCUUUUCUGGGAUUUGGCAGCUGUUUAAUCUUCCUUUUAUUUCUUUGGGAUGACUUUUGGCAGCAGUUUCACCAUUCCUGCUUCCCUGGAUAAGGGCAGACAAAUUUUUUUUGUCUUUCUGCCUCCUCCACUCCCCUUGGUCCGGGUUCAGAUGAGAUCAUGUCUUGUCCUACCCCUCAUCAUUCCUCAGCUCUGCUCCUCGUCUUGUUCUGGAGCCAAAAAUUUCACAAAGAUCUCCCAAAAUCGAAUUUUUUGUAGCCAGGGAUUGGCUUUGUUUAUCUGUUUAUGGGCAAUCAGCUGGAGGUCAGAGAACAUCCACUGGGAAGAAUUUUCCACUUUUCAAACCAUGAAAAUCCACAGAGAGGGAAGAGCUCCAAAGUUUUUAUUCCUCUUGGUUGUCUCGACAAACUCGGGGGACAAAAGGGUUUUUAAUUUCAGGUUCAGAUGUUUAAAAAGUUAAGAAACCUCAUUUAUGGAUCGGGUUCUUUUUCUCGCAUCCUCCUUGGUGAUUCCAAGUCCUCCUCAAUGUUUCCAGGUCCUCCUUGGUGUUUCCAAGUCCUCCUCAAUGUUUCCAGGUCCUCCUUGGUGAUUCCAGGUCCUCCUUGAUGUUUCCAUGCUCUCCUUGGUGAUUCCAGGUCCUCCUUGAUGUUUUCAUGUCCUCCUCAAUGUUUCCGGGUCCUUCUUGGUGAUUCCAUGUCCUCCUUGGUGUUCCCAGGUUCUCCUUGGUGUUUCCAUGUCCUCCUUGGUGUUCCCAGGUUCUCCUCAAUGUUUCCAGGUCCUCCUUGGUGUUCCCAGGCCCUCCUCGGUGUUUCCAGGUCCUCCUUGGCCAUUCAAAGAGACCCCAAACAGAGACACCAAACAAACUUUGCUGAGACCCAAAUCCUUCAGAUCUGCUUCAGUUAGUGAUUGAUUCCAAACUAAUUUGCUGUCAAGGCUUUUAACGGCCCUUGAUAAAUCUCCUAAUCCUGGUUUUCCUUCCCUCA